AAGACCUCAGCAGUGAAUUGCAAUGCUUAUUAGAAUUUUACAGCACUAGUCCAUGUAUGAGAAAUAGUACAUCCGUUAAUGUUGUGGAUGUAAACCACUUUUGUAUGGUUGUUUGUGUGAAUAGAAAAGUUUUCUAGAGGCUGUAAUAAAAAAUGGGUAAACAUGAAGUUGGAACGCCUAAAUAUAUUGCCAACAAAAUUAAAGCCAAAGGCUUGCAGAAACUUAGAUGGUACUGCCAGAUGUGCGAAAAGCAGUGUCGAGAUGAAAACGGUUUCAAGUGUCACAUGACUUCAGAGUCGCACCAAAGGCAGCUUCUCCUUUUUGCAGAUAAUGCAUCAAAAUACCUCAACACGUUUUCAAAGGAAUUUUGUGAUGGUUACCUGGAACUUUUAAGUCGCCAAUUUGGUACAAAGCGCGUUCCUGCUAACCGUGUAUACCAGGACUACAUAGCUCACCGGGAGCAUGUGCACAUGAAUGCUACAGAAUGGGAAACACUAACAGACUUUGUGAAGUAUCUUGGUAGAGAAGGAAAAUGUGUUGUAGACGAAACAGAGAAAGGGUGGUUUGUGACUUACAUUGACAGAGAUCCUGCAACAAUUGCAUUCCAAGAAGCCAUGGCUAAGAAAGAGAAAAUGGAUCGUGAUGACCAAGACAGAAUGAUGCAAUUUCUUGAAAAACAAAUUGAGAGAGGUAAAGGAGCUGGUCCCUCUCACGAACAUGUUGCAACAGAAUUGGUAAGGGCAAAUGAAUCUGAACAAAUUAAACUGAAUAUUGCUCUAAAGAAAAAAGAAGAAGAUGAGAAGCGCAAGCCCAUUACCCCAGGGGAAUUUAGAGUACCAACCAAGAAAGCACCAUCAAGUAGUGGAAGCACUUAUGGUGGUGAGAAGAAAGGAGAGAAAAGGAAGGCAUCUGCUCUUGAUGAACUCAUCAAAGAAGAAGAAAACAGGAAAGAAACUGCCCGACGAAAACCUAACUGGCUAACAGAGAACAUAGUUGUGAAAGUAGUUACAAAAUCCCUUGGAGAGAAGUAUUACAAACAAAAAGGUGUCAUUGUUGCUGUUCAAGAUAAAUUUUCUGCCAUUGUACGUCUUUUCGAUUCAAAUACUAAAUUGAAGCUCGACCAAACACAUUUAGAAACUGUAGUUCCUGCUAAAGGUCGGCAAGUAUUAAUUGUUAAUGGUGCAUAUAGAGGGAAUAUUGCCACACUAGAGACUAUUGAUACAGAUAACUUCUGUGCUUCAGUUAAAAUAAGUUCAGGUCCUCUGAGUGGAAGAGUCAUCUCAAAUGUGGAGUAUGAAGACUUCAGUAAAUUGCACACAGAAUAAAAUGUGCUCUUUUCUUCAUUUUAAGUGAAUGCAUUGUAACAUAAACUUAUAAAUAACAACAUUUCAAAUUUGUCAAAGAAGAUCAUUUCUCUGCAUUUUAUUUUAAUUACAAAUAAAUUACAAAAAUAUGUAUUUACAGAGAUA